AUGGGAGUCAAGAGCGAUUUCAAAGUCGUGAUUGGGGGCGGCAGCAUCACAGGCCUCACCCUGGCCAACAUCCUGCAGCUAUACGACAUCGAUUUCGUGGUGCUCGAAUCAUAUGGGGACAUUGCGCCCCAGGUGGGUGCGAGCAUAGGCAUUUUACCACAUGGCAACAGGAUAUUGGACCAACUCGGCUUGUACCAAAAGAUUCUGGAACUCUGCCCUCCAUUGGACUCGUUUCAUUUUCGUGAUCAGACGGGCAAUAUCAUAUGCGAGUUUCGGGGCAUGAACCAAUCCAUGCAUGAGAGGCACGGUUAUCCGAUCACCUUUUUGGAUCGCCAGAUGGUCCUUCAGGUGCUGUACGACAACAUCCAGGACAAGACAAAGGUCCUGACGAAGAAACGAAUCCAAAAAGUCGAGCUAUCGGACGAUGGAGUGGUGGUCAAAACACAUGACAAUUGUUCCUACGAAGGUGACAUCCUGAUCGGUGCGGAUGGAAUUCACAGCUCAGUAAGAGGAGAAAUGUGGAGGAUCGCGAAUGAGCUGUCGCCUGGGUGGAUUCCCUCCGACGAGCAUUCUUGCGUCCCCUGCGAUUAUGGGUGUGUGUUUGGAAUCUCCCAUCCUUGCGAGGGGAUCGAACCUGGCGCGUCGAACUCGGUGUUCAGGAAGCAUGAAUCCUAUGUUGUCAAUGGCGGCCCAGGAGGCCGUGUGUACUGGUUUUAUUUUUACAAGCUGGUGCAGCGAGCCUACGGCGAUGACAUCCCCCACUACACCAAAGAGGACGAGAAGAAGCUGCUCGCGUUACGAGAAAACGACAACAUCACUCCUACCCUGAAAUUCAAGCAGCUCUUGGACAGGAAGAUCUCAUCAGUGUUGGUACCCUUACAGGAGUAUGUGUUUAGACAGUGGUAUUUCAAGCGCAUCAUAACCAUUGGUGACGCUGCGCACAAGUUCCAUCCCAUUGCCGGCCACGGCGGUAACGCCUCUAUUGAAUCAGCGGCCACUCUUGUCAACGUCCUCCGCGAUGUCCUGAUAAAAUCGCGUGGUGUCAAGCCUACACUGGAACAGAUCGAAGGCGCAUUCGCCACAACCCAAAGAAUCCGACAAGCUAGGACAACCAUUCUCAAGGAGCAUUCACACGAACAGCAGCGGACUGAGCUACUCGAUACACCUCUCCACGAGUUUGUGGCUUUCCAUUUAUUGCCAUUGACCGACGUUGAGGAUGUCACCUUCAACUUCUCCCGAAACAUGCCACUCGCCGAAAAGCUGAAUAGCCCUAAGCUGGCCCCUACUCCGAGACUCAUCCCGUACAAAGACGAACUUCUGAGCACCCCGGUGCCUCGAGGUAUAGUGAAGUGGUACUUCAUUGGAUUCUACUUACUUAUUUCUGCACUUGUUCACUACGGCAUGUGGAUCCGGUCAGCCUAUUACGGUCUGGGGGACCACCUGGAAACAGUCUUGAGGACUGGAACGUUCUCCUACGAUCCAAUUUUUCCUCUUAAGCGCAAGUAUACAGGGAUUGCACUUAUCGACAACUACCUGAUGUUCUUGGCAGCAGCAUAUAUGCCAGGAUUGAAUAACUGGGACCAGAAAUUUGCGACUUUGCAAAUGUACUUCCUCGGGAUGCUUAUUCAGCCCAUUGCGGUGUGGUGUGUGGAGGCAUAUCGGAAACGCAACGCGCUGACACCUGUAACAUUCAUCACUAUCUGGUUCACACUGGUUCAGUGGGCAGGUGUCGGUAUCUAUAUGCCUGUCUAUUACGCCUGCUACACGUACAUUUCAGAGCCGGAAACGUACUGGUGGCCACUCAACCGUCCAGUUCCAAUACAAUUCGCCAUGUCUCUUAUCUGGGCCGUCAUGCUCGGUUACGCCCUUCCAACAAUUCUCAUGUUCUUACCUUGGAAGGACCCGUACGCAAUCCAGAAUUUCGAGUCGCUUUGGCAACUGUCUCCAAUGUUUGUCCCACUCAUCUGCAGCAUCCUGGGGUAUUGCUUCGUCAAGAGACAAGGUCUCAAACAAGCGUCGCCGAAAGCCAAUGAGCCUUUUCCGGAUGUCCCAUAUAUCAAGAAGCUGUACGUCGUCGCCGGUACGCUGGGAGUGGUGCUACAUGUCUACUCUGGGGCGAAGAUCCUGUUAUCACCCACUCUGAGCUUGACAUCUGUCUUCUGGCCCGACUUUACCGCGCAAUCCAAGGCAUUUGGGGAGGGUCUGAGAACUAUCUUCCUGGCGGACUUCUGGGGCUUCCACGUUGCCACGUACGCCUGGCUAUGCAUGGCUGCGUGGGAUUUGAAGCGAAUGGGUCGAGCAACCGUCGACCCAAGGAAAGCCGCGGCCCUCAUCGCCCUAGGUAGCCUCGUCAUUGGACCUGGUGCGACCAUGACGGCGGUAUGGUACUGGAGAGAAAAUGCUCUGGCCAAGACCAGCUUCGCUCGAGGUCUGACCUGA